GUUUUUUACCGAGAACAUGUUUUUUUCUAUCUGGAACCACUAAGGGUUCACUUAUGGGGACAGCCGAAGUACCCCUUUAAGUUCUAGACAUCACCUUUUUACUAAGAGUGUACAUACAGUAGCUUGUUUUCUAUCUUUUUAAAUAGGGAGACCAUUUUGUUUUCAGAACUUAUUUCCAUGAAUCGUUUUCUCAUGGCUCUCUGCAGCAGACGUACUGUAUGGUGAGCAAUAUGUUUGGAUCGUCGAAUUGCAAUACAUAUAGAAUCGUGAGAAGCGAAAUACAUGUGUCGGCAGGUAGCCUAGUGGUUCGAGCGUUGGACUAGAAACCAAAAGGUUGCAUGAUUGAAUCCCCAAGCUGACAAGCCAGCCCCAGUGUUAUGGCGUCUGGGGUCACCGGCAGUGUCUCUGUUGCCCUGCAUCCUCUAGUCAUCCUCAACAUCUCAGACCACUGGAUUCGCAUCCGCUCCCAGGAGGGGCGGCCCAUGCAGGUGAUUGGCGCACUGAUCGGGAAGCAGGAGGGUAGAAACAUCGAGGUGAUGAACUCCUUUGAGCUGCUUCAUCAAUUGGUAGAUGACCGAGCACACAUUGACAAGGAGUACUACUACACCAAGGAGGAGCAAUUCAAACAGGUUUUCAAGGACAUGGAGUUCCUGGGCUGGUAUACCACAGGCGGUCCUUGUGACCAAUCAGACAUCCACAUUCACAAGCAGGUGUGUGAGAUCAUUGAGAGUCCUCUCUUCCUCAAGCUCAACCCAAUGACCAAACACACAGAUCUCCCUGUCAAUGUGUACGAGUCUGUCAUCGACAUCAUCAACGGAGAGGCGACCAUGUUGUUUGCUGAGCUGGGGUACACUCUGGCCACAGAAGAGGCGGAGCGAAUCGGAGUGGACCACGUGGCUCGCAUGACAGCCACUGGCACAGGGGAGAAUUCAACGGUGGCAGAACACCUCAUAGCCCAACACAGUGCAAUUAAGAUGCUACACAGCAGGGUGAAAGUCAUCCUGGAAUACGUCAAAGCAGUAGAAGCAGGAGAGGUGCCGUUUAACCACGAGAUCCUCCGAGAAGCCAAUGCUUUGUGCCAUAGACUGCCUGUUCUCAGCACCAUCAAAUUCAAGACCGACUUCUACGAUCAAUGCAAUGACGUGGGCCUCAUGGCUUACCUAGGUACCAUCACCAAGACCUGCAACAGCAUGAACCAGUUCAUCAACAAGUUCAACGUGUUGUACGAUCGACAGGGCAUCGGCCGGAGGAUGAGAGGACUGUUCUUCUGAGCGACAGAGAGGGAGAGAGAGGGAAUGAAAGAAGAGACGAAGAGGUCACAAGCACGGCAAAUGUUAAUUUGCUUGUCUGUAUUUUGUUAGUUGUGUCUCAUCAAACCAGUUUACUGUUUUCAAAGGUAGCAAAUGCUAGAAGUGUCUCAGACGACUUGUCUACCCCAUAAAAUCACACACAAACAGACUUCUCACUCGCAGUUUAAGGUUUGUGACUAUGCACAUUAACGAAUCCAUGUACACGAAAAUAAAUUACUUUUUUUUCCUUUUGCUUUGUUUUGUUACGUGUUUCUGUAAGUAAUAAAUGAUCUGCUGAUUUUU